ACGCAAUUUAAGAUACAACCUAUUAUAUUUAUUUACAUUUUAAACAAACUUGUUGCAAUGAUGAGUGGUGUAGGCUUUGCUUUAAAACUGUAACUGACAAAAGUUUGGAAGUAAUAAACAACGCUAUUUGAGACAUUCUACAUGUUUUGUUGCUGAAAUUGCGACACACUACUGCAGAGAGAUGUAGAAGAGGAUGCAUGUCACGAUGAGAAUGAACCACCGAAAAAACGUAAUAUGAAAACCAAACAGAAACGCAAAGUAUUGCACAAAUGUGAUAAAUGUAUCUACAAAACUAAAAGUAAGAUCCAGUUAACAGCACACCGUGCGAAGCACAAGAAUGAUUCGAAAUCGUAUAAAUGUGAAUUCUGUGAGUAUGAAACUAGAAAUAUGAAAUUGCUUAGCAGUCAUUAUAUAAAACACAAAGACUCAAACAAAUCUAAUGAGUAUGACCGUAAAACCAAAAACAACUCAUUGACACAUAAAGACGUUUCACAACUGCCGAUUUAUAAAUGUGAUGAAUGCAACUACAAAUCAGUGAAUAAGAAACUUUUAAUCCAACAUCAGUUGGUACAUAAAGAUCCUUCGGAGGUCAAAAUGUACAGGUGUAAAGACUGCCAUUAUGAAACCAAAUAUAAGAGAGCUGUGAAAAUGCACCAAUUGACGCAUAAAGAUCCUUCACAGGUUCAAAUGUACACGUGUAAAGACUGCAAUUACAAGACUAAAUACAAGAAUUACAUUAAAGAGCACCAACUGACACAUAAAGAUCCUUCAGAAGUUCAAAAUUACAGGUGUAAUGACUGCGAUUAUGAAACUAGAUAUAAGAAGGAUCUCAAACGGCACCUGCUGAAACAUAAAGAUCCUUCUCAGGUUCAAAUGUACAGCACCUAA